AGACCGAGGGGGCUUGCUUUUCCGCUGCCCCGUGGCUCCGGCUCAGCUCCGACAGGAAGGCGAGGCUUCCGCCCAGCCCAGGGGAUGUCCAGCUCGCCGCUGUCCAAGAAACGUCGCGUGUCCGGGCCUGAUCCAAAGCCGGGUUCUAACUGCACCCCUGCCCACUCCGUGCUGUCCAAAGUACCCUCGGUGCCAACCAACGGAAUGGCGAAGAACGGCAGUGAAGCGGACAUAGACGAGAGCCUUUACUCCCGGCAGUUGUAUGUGCUAGGCCAUGAGGCAAUGAAGCGACUCCAGACAUCCAGCGUGCUGGUUUCGGGCCUGCGGGGCUUAGGAGUAGAGAUUGCCAAGAACAUCAUCCUUGGUGGGGUCAAGGCUGUCACUCUUCAUGACCAGGGCACUGCUCAGUGGGCUGACCUCUCCUCCCAGUUCUACCUACGAGAGGAGGACAUUGGCAAAAACCGGGCUGAGGUAUCACAACCUCGCCUUGCUGAACUCAACAGCUACGUCCCUGUCAGCGCCUACACUGGGCCCCUCGUUGAGGACUUCCUUAGUGGCUUCCAGGUGGUGGUCCUUACCAACACCCCCCUGGAGGACCAGCUGCGAGUGGGUGAGUUCUGUCACAGCCAUGGUAUCAAGCUGGUGGUGGCAGACACACGUGGCCUGUUUGGGCAGCUCUUCUGUGAUUUUGGAGAAGAAAUGAUCCUCACGGAUCCCAAUGGGGAGCAGCCGCUGAGUGCUAUGGUUUCUAUGGUCACCAAGGACAGCCCUGGUGUGGUUACGUGCUUGGAUGAGGCUCGACAUGGGUUUGAGAGUGGCGACUUUGUCUCCUUUUCGGAAGUACAGGGCAUGAUCGAACUCAACGGAAAUCAUCCUAUAGAGAUCAAAGUCCUGGGUCCGUAUACUUUCAGCAUUUGUGACACCUCCAAUUUCUCUGACUAUGUCCGGGGAGGCAUCGUCAGUCAAGUCAAAGUACCGAAAAAGAUUAGCUUUAAAUCCUUGCUGGCUUCACUGGUGAACCCUGACUUUGUAUUAACGGACUUUGCCAAGUAUUCUCGUCCGGCCCAGCUGCACAUUGGCUUCCAGGCCCUGCACCGGUUUUGUGCUCUGCAUGGCCGACCACCUCGGCCUCACAAUGAUGAAGAUGCACUGGAACUGGUGGCCCUAGCACAGGCUGUGAAUGCACAAGCCAGACCAUCAGUGCAGCAAGAGAGCCUGGACGAGGACCUUAUUCGGAAGUUGUCAUAUGUGGCUGCUGGUGAUCUGGCGCCCAUCAAUGCUUUCAUUGGGGGCCUAGCUGCCCAGGAGGUCAUGAAGGCCUGCUCAGGGAAGUUCAUGCCCAUCAUGCAGUGGCUGUACUUUGAUGCCCUGGAGUGUCUUCCUGAGGACAAAGAUGCCCUCAGAGAGGACAAGUGCCUACCGAGGCAGAACCGUUAUGAUGGGCAGGUGGCUGUGUUCGGCUCAGACAUACAGGAGAAGUUGGGCAAGCAGAAAUACUUCCUGGUGGGUGCAGGGGCCAUUGGCUGUGAACUGCUCAAGAACUUCGCCAUGAUUGGACUGGGCUGUGGAGAGGGUGGGGAAAUCGUCGUCACAGACAUGGACACCAUUGAGAAGUCCAAUCUGAACCGACAAUUUCUGUUCCGGCCCUGGGACGUCACGAAGUUGAAGUCUAACACUGCUGCAAUAGCCGUGCACCAAAUGAACCCACACAUCCGGGUGAUGAGCCACCAGAACCGCGUGGGCCCUGACACAGAGCGCAUCUAUGACGACGAUUUCUUCCAAAAUCUGGAUGGUGUGGCCAAUGCCCUGGACAACGUGGAUGCCCGCAUGUACAUGGACCGCCGCUGUGUGUAUUACCGGAAGCCCCUGCUGGAGUCGGGCACACUAGGCACCAAGGGCAAUGUGCAAGUGGUGAUCCCGUUUCUGACAGAGUCCUACAGUUCUAGCCAGGACCCCCCAGAGAAGUCCAUCCCCAUCUGCACACUGAAGAACUUCCCCAAUGCCAUCGAGCACACCCUGCAGUGGGCUCGGGAUGAGUUUGAAGGGCUCUUCAAGCAGCCAGCAGAAAAUGUUAACCAGUACCUUACAGACCCCAAGUUUGUGGAGCGAACACUGCGACUGGCAGGUACCCAACCACUGGAGGUGCUGGAGGCUGUACAGCGUAGCUUGGUGCUGCAGCGACCACAGAACUGGGCCGAUUGUGUGACCUGGGCCUGCUACCACUGGCACACCCAGUACUCCAACAACAUCCGGCAGCUCCUACACAAUUUCCCUCCCAACCAGCUCACAAGCUCAGGAGCUCCGUUCUGGUCUGGGCCCAAGCGAUGUCCACACCCUCUUACCUUUGAUGUCAACAAUCCUCUGCACUUGGACUACGUGAUGGCUGCCGCCAACCUGUUUGCUCAGACCUAUGGGCUGACCGGUUCUAAGGACCGAAUUGCUGUGACUGCACUCCUACAGUCUGUGCACAUCCCUGAAUUCACCCCCAAGUCUGGUGUCAAGAUCCAUGUCUCUGACCAGGAGUUGCAGAGCGCCAAUGCCUCUGUUGCUGACUUUGAGAAGGAUGAUGACAGCAACUACCAUAUGGAUUUCAUUGUAGCUGCAUCCAAUCUCCGGGCAGAAAAUUAUGACAUUUCCCCUGCAGACCGACACAAGAGCAAGCUGAUUGCAGGGAAGAUCAUUCCAGCCAUCGCCACAACCACAGCAGCCGUGGUUGGCCUGGUGUGUCUGGAGUUGUACAAGGUGGUACAAGGGCAUCAACACCUUGAUUCCUACAAAAAUGGAUUCCUCAACUUGGCCCUGCCUUUCUUUGGCUUCUCUGAACCCGUUGCUGCGCCUCGCCACCAGUACUAUAAUCAAGAGUGGACCUUGUGGGAUCGCUUUGAGGUACAAGGGCUACAACCUAAUGGUGAGGAGAUGACCCUCAAACAGUUCCUUGAAUAUUUUAAGAGUGAGCACAAAUUGGAAAUUACUAUGCUGUCCCAGGGUGUGUCCAUGCUCUAUUCCUUCUUUAUGCCAGCUGCCAAGCUCAAGGAGCGGUUGGAUCAGCCGAUGACAGAGAUUGUGAGCCGUGUGUCGAAGCGAAAGCUGGGCCGUCAUGUGCGGGCACUGGUGCUUGAGCUGUGCUGCAACGACGAGAGCGGCGAGGAUGUUGAAGUUCCUUAUGUACGAUACACCAUCCGCUGAGGCCACCCUCCCCCUGCCCCCUAAGCCCACUCUAGACCAGCCCUUCUCAAGCCCCUUGUAGCCCAGGGCUCCUAUCCUCUGGCAGUGGCGUACGGAGCUAAGCCUGGAGUCUCCUUCACCUCUUCCCGGAACCUUUCCUCUUGCCGCUUCGUCCCACCUUGUUUGGAAUCUGAAUCCUAAUAAAGAAUUAUUAACCCA